UGUCCUGCCAAGAGGGUCAAUCAGCAAGUAUUCAAGAGUGAAGACCUUAAAGAAAGUAAAUAAAUUUCAAUAAUAGAGAGCAUACUGUUGUUCAGUAUUUGUAAAUAUGGCUUAGCAAUAAUUUUCUGACUUGCAACUAUCAACUGAAAUUGCUUUGAUAGUCUAAAAUAAGGUAAAGUGUAUGAGAAGAAAAAAAAUUGUAUUUCAUUGUCUCUCCAGGUGUGCAGCAUGUACAAGGAAUGGAACUCAGGAACAAAUAAUUAAACCAAAUGUAAGUCAAUCAUUUUGAUUUGUUUCACUUGCUUCAAAUUAAACGGUAGUUUUGUUCACUGUCAUCAGGUCACUUGAUAAAGUCAGUUUGUCAAUUGACAGUCACGUGUUAACAGAACAUCCACCGAUUAAAUCACCAUGUAAUUAAACUUGCAUUGCCUUUUGGUUGAGUGAUUUCUAAUAUGUAUAAGUUUUGGCAGUUUAGUGGUGACCUGUGAAAUCUUUUGACAAAAAAAAUAAGUGGGUACCAUCAUUAGGGCUGAACAAAGAAGCAAGGCUCCAGAAAAUGUUACUUGCAUAAAGAAAAGGUCAUGUGCCAAGAUUCAUGCCACCUAGAGCAGAAAAUAAAAGACCAGAGAUUUAAAAUUUAAUUUAGAUCAUUUAACAAAGUAUAUGCUCCCUCACCUUCACUUAUGUCGGUUGAAUGCGGUACUUAUGCAAUUUUCCCUUAACCCUUUAAGCCCCAAUAUGCACAUACAAAUUCUCCAAACUGAUCUCUAUACAUUUCCUUUAAGAAUAAGUUGAGAGAAUUUGAUAAAAGAUCAAGGCCAAUUCCCUUAGGUGAUCACUUUAUUAAUUCUCAUAACCUAAUCUCUUGACAUUGUAUGGAUAUCGUUAGGAGAAAAUUGACGUUAGACACUAUUGGGACUUAAAGGGUUAAGAAGAGUGAGGUAUAUAGAGCAUGAAAGACAAAAGUUAAACUGUAUUUUAUUGUCUCUCCAGCUAAUGCCACAUGUACAGGGAAUGGAGGUUGAUCAGGAUGGAGAUAAUUUAACCUGGCAAAUGCCGGUCAGUCUCUUUCAUUUGUUAAGCUAUAAUAUUAAACUCUGUAUUGGUAGGUUUAAUACAAAAACAAAUAGUUUAGUUUGUACCAGUAUUGUUUGCAUCAACCAUGCAUGCAUAAGUACAGGUAGUUGCAGUAAUUAUUCAAUUUCCUUGCUUACUUAUUGUAGAUUAGUUUCAGAAAAAAAGUUAACUGUAAUUCAUUGUCUCUUUCAGGUAUGCUACAAGGACAGAGAAUGGUGGUUGAUCAUGCAGGAUGGAGAUAAUCUAACCCGGCAAAUGCUGGUCAGUCUCUUUCAAUCGUUAAGCUAUAAUAUUGAACACUAUGUUACAAGGUGUUAGAAGCCAACACAGAAAACAGUUUGUACCAGUAUUGUUUGCAUCAAUUGUGCAAGCAUAAGAACACAAACAGUUGCAGUAAUUAUUAAAUUUCCUUGCUAACUUAUUGUAGAUUAGUAUCAGGAAAAAAGUUAACGGUAAUUUCAUUAUCUCUUUCAGGUAUGCCACAUGGACAGAGAAUGGUGGUCAAUCAGGAUGGAGAUAAUUUAAUCCGGCAAAUGCUGGUCAGUCUCUUUCAAUCGUUAAGCUAAAAUAUUGAAUUCUUUCACAGGGUUAAGACAUUAACCAAAAAAUAGUUUUUAGCCAGAUUGUUUGCAUCAACCAGUGUCCACCUGGAAUAGGGAUGGGGCAUAUGAAUUUCCUGCGAUUUUUAAUCUUUUUUUUUUUCAUGUGACUAAUUCUUGUGACAACACUGAGCAUCUGUCACUGACAAAGGCUUUGCAAUAUAGUUAAAAGCUAUGACUUGAAAAUCUAAAACUUGAAAGAUGAGAAUUUUAUUUUUUCAAGCUUGAUUAUCAAGGUGAAGAAUGAGCAUUUAUGAUAUUAAGUAGUGCAUAAAUAUGUUCAGAGAAACAGGAGAAUAAAAGGCUUAACAACAGCUUUUAAAAUUUUUUUUAAUGGGUAGAAAAUUUAUGUCGACUGGCUUUCCAUAGUUUUGAUAACCAAAGAUGUUUUAACACUGAUCUUUCUCUUUUGACAGGUGUCAUGCCAAGAGGGUCAAUCAGCAAGUAUUCAAGAAUGAAGACCUCAAAGAAAGUAAGUAAAUUUCAAUGAUAGCAAUCAUACUGGUGUUAAAUAUUUGUAGUAGCUUAGCAAUAAUUUUCUGACUUGAAACUAUCAAUUGAAAUUGCUUUGAUCAUCUAAAAUUAGGUACAGUGUAUGAGAAGAAAAAAUGUAUUUCAUUGUCUCUCCAGGUGUGCAGCAUGUACAAAGAAUUGAACUCAGGAACAAAUUAUUAAACCAAGUGUAAGUCAAUCAUUUUGAUUUAUUCCACUUGCAGUGGAAAAACAGUGUUUUUGUUCACUGUUAUCAGAUCACUUGAUAUCUAAGUCAGUUUGUCAAUUGACAGUCACGUGCUAACAGAACAUCCACUAAUAAAAUAAUCAAUCCUGGUCUUUUGGUUGAGUGAUUUCUAAACUGUAUAAGUUUUGGGAGUUUAGUGGUGACUUGUGAAAUCCUUGGACGAAAAAAAAAAUAAGUGGGUACCAUCAUUAGUGCUGAAUAAAGAAGAAAGGCUCCAGAAAAUGUUACUUGCAAAAAGAACAGGUCAUGUGCCAAGAUUCAUGGUAUCUAGAGCAAGAAAAAAAACACCAGAGAUUUAAAGCUUUAUUUAGAUCGUGUAAUAAAAUAUAUGCUCCCUCACCUUCAGUUAUGUUGGUUGAAUGCAGUACUUAUGCAGUUUUCCCUUUAAAAGAGUGAGGUAUAUAGAGCAUGAGGGACAAAAGUUAAACUGUAUUUUGUUGUCUCUCCAGCUAAUGCCACAUGUACAGGGAAUGGAGGUUGAUCAGGAUGGAGAUAAUUUAACCGGGCAAAUGCUGGUCAGUCUCUUUCAUUUUUUAAUUAAACUAUAAUAUUGAACUCUGUAUUAAUUAGAAGGUAUAAGACAAAAAAAAAAACAGUUUGUAACAGUGUUGUUUGCAUCAACCAUGCAUGCAUAAGUACAAGUAGUUGCAGUAAUAAAUUAUUCUAUUUCCUUGCUUACUUAUUGUAGGUUAGUUUCAGAAAAAACGUUAACUGUAAUUCAUUGUCUCUCCAGGUGUGCAGCAUGUACAAAGAAUGGAACUCAGGAACAAAUGAUUAAACCAAAAUAAUGUAAGUCAAUCAUUUUGAUUUAUUCCACUUGCUUAAAUUAAACAGUAGUUUUUCUCACUGUCAUCAGGUCACUUGAUAGCUAAGUCAGUUUAUCAAUUGACAGUCAUGUGUUAACAGAGCAUCCACUAAAAUAAUCACCAUUUAAUUAAUCCUGGUCUUUUGGUUGAGUGAUUUCUAAACUAUAUAAGGUUUGGCAGUGUAGUGGAGACCAGUGAAAUCUUUGGACAAAAAAAAUAAGUGGGUACCAUCUUUAGUGCUGAACAAAGAAGAAAGGCUCUAGAAAAUGUUACUUGCAAAAAGAAGAGGUCAUGUGCCAAGAUUCAUGCUUUCUAGUGCAGGAAAAAAAAGACCAGACAUUUAAAAUUUAAUUUAUAAUUAGAUCAUGUAAAAAAAUAUAUGCUUCCUCACCUUCACUUAUGUUGGUUGAAUGCAGUACUUAUACAAUUUCCUCUUAAAAAGAGUGAGGUAUAUAGAGCAUGAGGGACAAAAGUUAAACUGUGUUUUGUUGUCUCUCCAGCUAUGCCACAUGUACAGAGAAUGGAGGUCGAUCAUGAAGGAUGGAGAUAAUUGGACCCAAAUGCUGGUUAGUCUCUUUCAUUCGUUAAGCUAAAAUAUUGAACACUGUAUUACUAGGUGUUAGAAGCCAACACAGAAAACAGUUUGUACCAGUAUUGUUUGCAUCAACUGUGCAUGCUCAAGAACAAGCAGUUGCAGCAAUUAUUCAAUUUCCUUGCUUUAACGUAUAAUUAUAUAGAUCAGUAUGAGAGAAAAAUAUUAACUUUAUAUCUUUGUCUUUGUCUUUGUGCAGGGAAUGGAGGUCAGGAUGGAGCUAAUUUAACCCAAAUCCAGGUCAGUCCCUUUCAUUUAGUAAGCUAAAAUGUUAAACUGUAUCCCAGGUUUCAAAUCGGACUUUUUAAGCUCUACAAUUUACAUAGUUGUGUUAAGGCUUUAAGUGGAAUCCAAAUUUUCCAAAAUAAUUGGGGUGUCCUUUAAAUUUGGUCUUGAAACAUUUCUCAGUAUUAAAUUCUCAGUAUCAGCCAUGUUCAUUUCUUUACGAAUGUGAGCAUUUUGCUUUUGCUGAAAUUUUUUGGUCUCAAAAAUAUCCCUUCUUAUAAUUUGUAUGUGAUGCCAUUCAGUAAAAUGUUUGUAACACUGUCAACCGUUUUUCCCAUUGGGAACAUGUGCUAGUAACUUUAGCAACGUUUCUGUUGUGAUAUAUGAUAUAUGUGAUAUAUUUCUUGUUAUUCAGAUAUCAAGUUCAAGAAGUCAGUGUUUUGCUGGAGUAGACAAGGUAAGUUAAUUUACUUAUCCCUUGAAGAGUGAUGUUACAUCAGUACCUUAGUAUAUACUCCAGUUGAAGGAAAAUUUAUGAUUCCAAGUACCCGGCAUGAGUUUGGUUAGGUCUAAAUACCUUUCUUGACUUUGCUACCUAAAUGUCUAAUUCACGCCAUUCCAUGCCAUAGCAACACUUUCAACUUAAUCAUUCUUUUUUUUCAAGAUUAGCAGCCCCUAGGAAUAAGAACUAGGAAGUCUGUUUUGUGUAAGAAAAAAAAUUAUGAACAUUUAAAACAGAGAUUGUAAAUUGCAGCACCUAGAAAAAAUUUGAUUUUAUUCCCAUGAAUAUGAUGUGAAAAAAUAAAAUGUGGCCAAUGCUCUGGGGGUGUUUUUUAAAUCUUUCCAUUACAGCCCAUCUCAUAUUUGUUUUCAUUUGUUAUCGAUAAGACUUGAUUAGAAAAUUGUCCCUUAAAUCUUUCCUUUGACCUCUGAUCAGUGACCACAAAAGAGUAAACAACUUUGAGUUUAGGAUUGCUUUUUUCUGAGUAAGUGGUUACUGAAAUGGGUGCUACUCAGAAUGUAUUGGGUUCAUCAGUUGUUAAUAUUAUUUUAUGGUUUCAUACAUGCAAUUAGGUAUCAUUUGAUACCAUGGAAAUGGUAGUCAUGAAGAGGAUGGGAUGUCCACCUAUAAAAUUGGUAAGUUUAUUUCAUAAUUAUAGCUAACGAAAGGUCUUCCUGUGGGAUGAUAACUGAUGUUUUUAUAUGAAAAACAAUUUUCACUGAACUUACACGUAGAUUUUGUGGUACAGUUAGAUGAAAUUUUCCUUGUUACAAAUUUUACAAGAUUUUUCCACCCUAACAUUACCAUGAGCACUGUAAAGUAACUUUAAUGGUUACUUGAAAAACACAAGCUCUGCUAACUAAGUGACUACCCUGACUGCACUGACUUUGUUUACCAUGACUGGUACACUGGUUGAUGCAGAUUAAGACUGGUAUAGUCAGAGAACAAUCUUCGCAAAAACCCAAAAAAGCCUGUACAAAACUGUUAAAAACCUAACUGAAGAUGAGAAAAGAAAUGUAACAACCGUUAUUGAAAGUAAGGAUGGAAAUUUCUGAGUGAAGCUCAAGAUGUUCUAAGCAGAUGGCAAAGGAUACCAUGACGAACUGUACAAUUGUCUGAUUGACAAAGAUGAUGCAGUGCAGGACACGCUGAACAGCGGUGCUGUACCAAGUAAAGCAGCUCCACUGAUGCCAAGAGCAGAGGUUGAUGAAGCUGCGAUAGCUCUAAAAGACAACAAAGCUUCUGGUGUGGAUAACAUUAGAGGAUAG